CCACCUAGCGGCGCCUUAUCUCGCGCAUGCGCAGUCUCCCACACGACUGGUGGAAUUCGCGCCGCAGUCGCAGCACCUGGCGCGAGCCCGAGGACGAGUCUACACCCCUCAAACACUGAGCCAAGUGAAUAUAGAGGUACCUCCAACAUCGGAAACAUGUCAGAAAUGACAGCGGAGGAGAUCACAAGGAGGGCCAACGAAGUGACAGAUGAGUCACUGGAAAGCACUCGGCGAAUGCUGAAGCUAGCUGAGGAGAGUAAAGAAACAGGAAUCAAUACUAUGGUUGCUCUGGAAGAGCAAGGAGAGCAACUAAAGCAUGUGGAGGAGGGCAUGGACAAGAUAAACAAAGACAUGAGGGAGGCAGAAAGGAACCUAACUGAUCUGUCCAAGUGCUGUGGUCUGUGUGUGUGUCCUUGGGAUAGGGUGGCUUCAAUUGAGCAUAAUGAACGCUACAAGCGAACAUGGGGCAUAGGCAGUGGAAGUGGCAGUGACAAUGCCAGUGCCACUGGAAUGGAUGCAGUGGAUGGAGCAGAAGGGUCGGUGGUAUCCAGCCAGCCGCCCAGCGUCCACAAUGGGAAUCCUCCCGAAAGGGUUUUGGUGGCACCCUCCGGUCCUUACAUCAACAGGGUAACAAAUGAUGCCCGGGAGGAUGAGAUGGAGGACAACUUGGGCCAGGUUGGAAACAUCAUUGACAACCUGAAGACCAUGGCCUUGGACAUGGGCACAGAGAUUGAUAAGCAGAACAAGCAAAUUGACCGUAUUACAGACAAGGCUGACCUGAAUAAGGUGCGCAUCGAUGACGCCAGCCAGAGGGCCAACAAACUGCUCAAAUAGUGAAAGCAGCACACAGCAGCCUUGUUUCCAGCACCUUAGUUCUGCGUUGGGUCGUCUUUCACUCGUGAUUAUACGUUCAUUGACACAGUAACACCUCUUUUUCUCAGUGUCUUCUUUGGAUAAUUAUCAGUAUCUCUUUAGCUUGGUGUUAGAUUGUCAAACAAAACUUUGUUCACUGAAAGUUUUUAAAUUGUCAGCUGAAAGGUAUGUCUAUGGCUGCUUUUUGUGCUAAAAGCUUUUUCUGCUGGCUUUGGUGUGUAGUUGAUUGAGGUUUUGUUUUUUUGAACACCUGCAAUACAAACUGAAAUAUAGCUGAAGGCUGAGAACACAUGA